GGGAUUCUCAAAGCGUUUAGGAACAACGAAUGAUUUACGUCUUACGUUUCAAUUUCGACAAGAGGUCCUGGAUUACUGGGAUUCCACACUGGAAUACGUACUAUAAGUACCUAUGUUUGAUAGGAAAAAAUAAGAUCAACUCAUCACAGUAUUACAAAUGGCAAGGAUUAACAUAGGCCACCUGACCUUGUAUUUUCACAAUUGAAUAUGAAUGUAAAAUUUUAGACUUUUCGAACUUCAUGUUUGAAUUUAAAUUCUAUGCGAACAGUGAUGACAAAGAAUUCAAGCGACAUGACACUGUGACGUAUUCUAACUUAGUUCAAUCACUCACUUUAAGUGAUGGUUACAGAGAUGUUUUAGGUUUGCGCACAGAUUUCCAUGCAAUCGCAAACGGUUCAAAACUGUGGUACAUUGCUGAAUCUGUUCUCGAUGAUUAUCUACGUAAACUGCCCAAAGGUGAACUCAAUGUAUUCGACGCUGUUCACGCACGUGAGGAUGUCAAACCUGGCUUCAUUGAAGGUGGUUUUACCCUGUGGGAUGGCAGCAAGGAUCUCGUCGAUUACAUAUCAAAAUAUUUUUCGGAAAAAAUGUGUGGAAAAAACGUCUUAGAAGUAGGUUGCGGUUGUGGACUACCAGGUAUAUUCGCUAUCAAGGCUGGUGCCCGCUUAGUUAGGUUCCAAGAUUACAAUUCCGAAGUUUUAAAGUGCUGGACUAUUCCUAACGUCAUCAUUAAUUCAGGAUCUCAAAAUGAUGCUGAUAGCCACAAUGAACACACUCAGUUGGAAUUCUACAGCGGGGACUGGUUUCAUCUUUCAAAGCUUUGGCAGUCAAGCGCCAAUGUGAAGUUUGACUAUAUCUUUACUAGUGAAACAAUUUACCGCACAGACCUAUAUGAAAGAUUGCACAACAUACUUGAAACUAGUCUAUGUCAAUCUGGGAUCGUUUUGUUGGCUUGUAAAGCUUCUUACGGACCUGGAGGGUUAAAUACUAAAGCAAAUCAAAAGAACAAGAAAUAUUCGAAUAUUGAAAUAUUUUUCUGUAAAAUUUGGCAAACAUAUACAAGAAAAUAAAUUAUGAUACGAACAUAUGGAAAUCACUAACAAAUUAAGCGAUAAGAGAAGCAAGGAAUUUAUCACAGGUAUUGAUGCAUAGCUGUUAUAUACCAUGUUCCGGAAUUAGUUUAUCGAAGGACAAAUAAAACUUUGUGUACGAGUGGGUCAGUAUCAAUCUGAAGAUUUAGAAAAAUUGAAAAUCAAAGUAUUUAAUUUGCAAAAGUAAAAGAGUUACAUCGUAACCUAGGUACAUGUUCGUACAUUGAGCUAUAAGCCGCAAAUAUUUUUUGUAGGUAGUGAUAUUUAGUCAACUCCAUAUACAGUUGACCAAGAGAUGCUUUUAUUAACUUUAGGAAGUAGAUAUAUACAAUUUUGAUUUGAUAUAUAGUAAAAAACCUAACUUUAAUCAGGUUUUUAUUUUGCGUCACAAUCUAAGAUGCAUUGUCGUUGCUCAGGUUCGCCAGCAAGAUACUUUUACCUAGAAUGCUCAUCAUCGGUGUGACGUUUUUGGCUUCUUCAAAAAGUAUCAUGAACAAAGUUCUCAGAAAUCUAUAUUAUAUAUAAUUUAGAUUUUCAAUUUGUUGGUUCAAGAGUUGAAAGAAAACGGGAUUUAUAGCUUUAAUAACAAGCUUGGAAUUUGUAGCAUUUCAGUUUUUAUUAGACUUUAGUUUCAACACUCGGACAGCUCUUUUGAACUAUUAUUCAAAAUCAGUGAAGAUUAGCGCGAUAUUCUGAAGAUGCUAAACAUCUGAGGUUAAUCCCAAACAGUGACAAUGUUUGAGUGGACCAAUGCUAGAUAGCUAAUUGUCUGUGAGAUACGAUUUCGAAUACAUUAGAAGUGGAAAAGUAUGAAGCUAAUAUAAUAUAGUUACCUAAAACAGAAUGUUCUCCUCAUUUUUUGUAGACGACUGGGUAGGAUUAUCUACCUUGAUUUCAUCCGAGUGUAAUUU